AGUAGCCAACACUACUCACAAAAGCCGCAUUGGCCAAAACAUUUUUGUUUAUAUUCAUAUUCCGAGUGAAAGCAGCUAAAAAAUAAAAUGUCUUUACCAAAGGUCUCGUCCCACUUUGUAUCGGAGAAGAUAUCUGCCGUGCGGUGGCUCCCGGAGCAGCUGCAACAGAGCGAUCGCUUCGUGACCGGCAGCUGGGACAUGGACCACAACUUUGUGCGUUUGUACCGCCUGCAGUCGAACCAGUACGCGGACACCAGUGUGGACUACAUUCCGCGCUGCAACGACAAGGUGGACAUGGAGGCAGACGUCACAGCCAUGGAGUUCGUGGACAAAAACACAUUGGCCGUGAGCUGCGCCGACGGACACAUGAGUUUGAUGAAUGUGCACCGUGCCGUGGAGGAGGAUCAGCUGCAGCGCACAGCACGCAGCGAACGAUUGCACUACUUUAGGUACUCCAACAAAUCGGCACCCUGCACCGGCCUUUCCGUGUAUGGCGGCGACAUUGCCACCGUGGGCGAGGACGGCUGCGUCAACAUAAUGAAUGCCAGCAACGUGAAGCAAGUAAAGCGCACCAUAGAAGCAGACAGCAUGUCGCUGCUCUCGGUGUGCUACAUCAGCCAGCAGCAGCUGGUCGCGGCCAAUCGCAUGGGCAUCAUCCGAGUGCUGGAUGCACGCGCUGCCACAGCGGCUCAGCCAAAACUAUUCGUCGGAGUGGCCAGCGAGGAUGAGAAAAGUUCCAACUUCGUUUCCGCUAUGAGCACACAUCCCAUGCAGCAGCACAUUCUGCUCUGCGGCACGGAGGAGGGCUCCAUAACGGUGUGGGAUCUGCGCAACUUGCAGGGCCCUGCCUCGUAUCUGAGCGCACACGACAGUCCCAUCACGGACAUUGGCUUCCAUCGCAAGGACCCAUCCAAGGUGUUUACAGCCGCCGAGGCUGGCGUGGUCUGGAUGUGGACGGAGAACAAGCUGAUCGGCGAGCGAAACCUCCAGGAUGGCUCCAGCGCCUGGCUGAGCGGCGACCGUGUCCGCUCGCUAAUCAGUGUCAACGGAGUGCUGGAAAAAAUUCGCAAAUCUAUCAACUCCUUCGAUACGAAUGGCUCGCGGCUGCUGUGCGGCAGCGACACGGAGGCCGUUUAUUUAAUUGAUAACAUAUUUUGAACAUUUUGUCAUUUGUCUUUGUUUACUGCCAAAUAGAGUGUUUUCCAACCUA